CCCAAACCGUUGGAAUUAUGCCGAAGGACGGGAGGCGGCGCAGGAGGGGGAAUCCGGAGACGGAGACGGAAGCGAGGAAGAAGAGGAAGACCAAGAGAAGCGUGGCAGAGGAUCGAAGAUUGAUUUUCGCGGCAUUCGAGAGUGAAAAAGCAAAACCCCGACCAAAAUUAGAUCCUGUGUACGACGACGACGACGAUGCGGUCGAGUCCUCGUCGGAGGAAUCCUCCUCAUGUCCACCCAGCCCUCUCAUGUACAGACCCUACAUACCCGAUGAGCUAGCUGAUGACCCGGACCUACGUGCCGCCCUCAGGAUCGCCAACACCGAAUAUCAUGCAGAUAGAGCCUGUCGGUUAGCUGUCUUUGAUCGUUACUCUUCUAGUUCAUGCCUGUCCAACGACCGACGCCUUCUUCAUAUCCGCGAGCAUGCAAAGGAUGCCGUGCUUCUUGCCGCCGACUCUAUCAUCACCCUCUCGUCCUAUCUCGAAGCAGACGACGAUGAGCCGUUGAAUACGUGUUGUGGUUUGUGGAUUCAACAUGACAUGAAGAAGAAAACUGCCGUGGUUUUGACGUCCGCGCAUCUGAUUCGCGCAAAGGAUCCAUCCGUGAGGAACCCGUGGAUGCUCGGGUCCACAUGCGAAUAUCAUCGCGAUGCUGAGGUCAUUGUUCACUUGUUGGACGGCGAAACUGCAGUAGCCACUCUCCUCUACCUCGAGGAGCACUAUGAAUUUGCUCUUUAUGAGGUUGUAGUGGACAAACCGGUUCAGUUGCCCACUUUUAACGACAACGUGCAUUCUGGUCAAGACGUUUUCCGACUUGGAAGAGAUGAAAGUCUUGAUCUGAGGAUAACACAUGGUAGGGUGGAAUAUGAAAUUCCAACCCGUCACGAGAGAUGUCACUACAUGUAUUUUUCCCACGAUGAACGUACAAGUUUGCAUGACGAUGGAGGCCCUGUCGUUGACUUAGAAGGCAAGGUUGUGGGAAUGGUUCACAAUCAAUUCAAAGAGACCUUUUUACCUUCUUCUAUAUUGCACAAGUGCUUGGAUUCGUGGAGAAAGUUGAAAUGCAUCCCUCGUGCCCACCUUGGAAUGACCUUUACUUCCAUCAAGCUUCUAGAUCCUAUUUGUAUUGAGAGGAUGAGGCGUAAGCAUAACAUUGCAUCUGGUCUUCUUGUUGAACAGGUGUCAAAAGAAUCGAAUGCUGAGAAACUUGGAAUCCGCAUGGGUGAUGUUAUUGAACGCUUCAAUGGAGAGUGUAUUUCUAAUACAACUGAGUUGGAAAAGAUGCUGCUGGAUAUAGGCGGAGACCAUUUUGAUCAAGCAAAAGUCUUAAAGGCCGAAACAGAUGUUCGAAUUCAAAUAUUCCAUGCCACAAAACGUUGCCGAAGAGUUAGAAAUUUGACCGUAACUGUAUCGGAUUGUGGAGAGGACAUCAUAGAAGGCACUUACCCUAUUACUGAUGGCCUUUGGAGAUGAGUGAAUCAACACAUACAUUUCGAUCAACUGAUUCUUUCAUGGAGCAAAUGGAAUUAACCCGACGCCAAUUAUAGACACAAGUUUCGGAAUAUUUUUAUGUAUCACCAGUCAAAAACUUAGAAUUAUGCUUCCUUUUUUAAUGUAAUGCAUGGAACGUGGAAGCAACAUGGCUGCAGUAGAAUCUAGCCACUUCUUUUGAGUUUUGUGAGACUCACAUCUUGU